AUGUUGGCCCCAUUAGCUUUAAUUGCCAAUAUUUUUUAUUUGGCUGCUGUUGCAAUUAUUGUUGCCUAUUUGGUUACCCAUUUGAUUCCAAUAAAGGAUGCACCAGCAGUUGGGAAUUUGACUGAAUUACCUCUCUUCUUUGGGACUGUUAUGUUUGCAUUUGAGGGUGUUGCUGUGGUUUUACCAAUUGAAAAUAAAUUAAUUAAUCCUGUUGACUUUAUUGCUGCCAAUGGUGUUUUAAACACAGCUUGCUUUAUUGUUUUGGCUGUAUAUGCUACAACUGGAUUUUAUGGAUAUUUGGCUUUUGGAAGUCAUGUUAAAGACACUGUUACUCUUAAUUUGCCAAAUGAACCUUUCUAUCAAGUUAUUAAAAUAAUGCUUGUUGGUUGCAUUCUUGUUUCCUAUCCUCUUCAAUUCUAUGUCCCAAUGGAACGUGUAGAGAAAUGGGUUUCUCGAAAAAUUCCGAUUGAAUGGCAAAAUCCAAUUGUGUAUAUUUUGCGUUAUUCUAUGGUUAUUCUGACAUGUAAGAAUUUUAUUUUUUUCACAAAUUUAUUUUAAUUAGAAUUUGAAUGACUUGAAUAAGGCUAGGGUUUUCGAGUCGGGCCGUAUUUUUCCGAGUCAUUUUUAGGGCUGGCCCGUCUGGCAAGGGAACAUAUGUUACUGUGAGUACGAAUUUGAUAAAUUUUCUGGUACCAUUCGAUAGAGGACCCUCGAUUUACUAUUGUUAUGUGCGGGUUUUCUUGCAAAAUUAGUUUGGGCCGAGUUAUGGCCGUUCAAAGUUGACCGCUAGAGUCAGGAGUUAUAGGGUAAGAAAACAAUUUCUCUCUUAUUUUUCAUACUCAAAGAACAAGCCAUGCCCCUUCUCUUUGUUUAUUGUGUCUGACAUUUUCUCUCUUCUUUUCUCCUCGCGACUCUUGCAUUCUUUUUUCCUCAUCAUUAUAGCGCGCUUAUUUUCCCUCUUGCUUAUACUCAAUCAAUCCCAAGGACUGAAACUUUGAACGGCCAUAACUCGGCCCAAACUAAUUUUGCAAGAAAACCCGCAAACUACAAUAGUAAAUCGAGGGUCCUCUUUCGCAUGGUACCAAAAA